CGUGACACUACCAUAAUAACAACGUAUUUUCAAAAUAUGACGUCAACUAUGGAGCAAUAUCAGAGGUUAGAAAAGAUUGGAGAAGGAACUUAUGGAGUUGUUUAUAAAGCAAAGGAUCUUGAAAGUGGUACAAUUGUAGCUCUUAAGAAAAUCCGAUUAGAAGCAGAAGAUGAGGGAGUUCCUAGUACAGCAAUUCGUGAGAUAUCACUUUUGAAAGAGAUGCACAAUGAUAAUGUUGUAAGACUUUUGAAUAUAAUUCAUCAAGAGUCACGUUUAUAUCUUGUUUUUGAAUUUCUUGAUCUUGAUUUAAAAAAGUAUAUGAAUAGUAUUCCAAAGGACAUGAUGCUUGGUGCAGAAAUGAUUAAAAAGUUUAUGUCACAACUUGUAUCAGGUGUUAAAUAUUGUCAUUCUCAUCGUAUUCUUCAUCGUGACUUGAAACCACAAAAUCUUCUUAUAGAUCGAGAAGGAAAUCUUAAAUUAGCAGAUUUUGGGCUUGCAAGGGCGUUUGGUGUUCCAUUGCGUGGUUAUACUCAUGAAGUUGUUACACUUUGGUAUCGUGCUCCAGAAGUUCUUUUAGGUGGUCGACAAUAUGCAACAGCGCUUGAUAUAUGGAGCAUUGGAUGUAUUUUUGCAGAAAUGGCUACAAAAAAGCCAUUAUUUCCAGGUGAUUCUGAAAUUGAUGAAAUAUUUAGAAUAUUUAGAAUAUUAGGGACUCCAGAUGAAAAUUCUUGGCCUGGUAUUACAUCUUAUCCGGAUUUUAAGGCAACUUUUCCAAAAUGGUCACCAAAAAAUCUUGGAGAAUUAAUUACAGAACUUGAUAGUGAUGGAAUAGAUUUAUUACAGAAAUGUCUUAGAUAUUAUCCUGCUGAACGUAUUAGCGCUAAAAAAGCUCUCGAUCAUCCUUAUUUUGAUGAUUUCAUUAAUAUCAAUAGAUCUAACGUGGUGGUAUAGUUUUAUAAUUGGUUAUUAUAUAUUUAUGGGUAUUUAUA